AUGGUUAACGCUAUCUUAUCUAAGAAAAAGAAGUUGGUCGCUGACGGUGUCUUCUACGCUGAAUUAAACGAAUUCUUCACCAGAGAAUUAGCUGAACAAGGUUAUGCUGGUGUUGAAGUCAGAAAGACUCCAUCCAAAUUAGAAAUCAUUGUUAAGGCUUCUAACACCCAAGGUGUUUUAGGUGAACAAGGUAGAAGAAUCCACGAAUUAACUUCUUUAAUCACCAAGAGAUUCAAAUUAUCUCAAGAUGGUAUUGCCAUUUUCGCUGAACGUGUUGAAGAAAGAGGUCUUUCUGCUGCCGUUCAAGCUGAAGGUUUAAAGGCUAAGUUAUUAAACGGUUUACCAAUCAGAAGAGCCGCUUACGGUGUCUUAAGAUUCGCUAUGGGUGCCGGUGCUAAGGGUGUUGAAGUUGUUAUUUCUGGUAAAUUAAGAGCUGCUAGAGCCAAGUCUCAAAAGUAUGCUGAUGGUUUCAUGAUCCACUCUGGUCAACCAACUAACGACUUCAUUGACAUUGCUAUCAGACACGUCUUAAUGAGACAAGGUGUCUUAGGUAUCAAGGUUAAGAUUAUGAAGGAUCCAGCUGCCAACAAGGUCGGUCCAAAAUCCUUACCAGAUGCUGUUAAGAUUGCUGAAGCCAAGGAUGAAAAUGAAAUCAUCCCAGCUCCAACUGUUAAGUCUUACAAGAAGAAGGAAGAAGAAGAAGAAGUUGCUGCUGAAGCUGUUGAAGAAGCUGCUGAAUAA